GUGAAGUUGGUUGGUGUUUCCAUGCAUCUGUUGCCUUUAUUCCUUUAUGUAGUAUAGCUCAUUGAUUUGGAAGGUGUUGUUGAUGGAGCCUUGCUCUCAGCAGAAGUGAGUGAAAUGUGCUUUCUGGGAUAAAAGCAUCUGGUGGACUGGUACAUAUUAUCAUUGAAUACUUAUAAAUGAACCUGGUUGGUGACAUUACAUCUGCGUGUGCACAGUGUGUGAAGAGGACAGAGUAUUAACUAGGAUGUCAACGGAGUCAGAAAUUCAACAGGUUGUCAGAGCCAGCACAAGAAAGGAAUCCAAAAAGAAAGGUCAGGAUCGGAGUGAAGCUGGUCUGAUAAAACGGUUUAAAGGAGAUGGAUUCCGGUAUAGGGCAAAACUAAUUGGUGUGGAUGAGGUUUCAGCUGCAAGGGGAGAUAAACUCUGCCAGGACUCAAUGAUGAAAUUAAAGGUAACUUCACAGAAUUCCAGAAGACAAGGAAAGCAUUCACAGAGAAUUUUAAUCACAAUCCAUUUCUUUGUAUAAAAGUUACUAUGCUCAUUCUCACAGGCUAUGCAGCAUCACCAUGCAGUUCACGAAGUAUCAUACAUUGCCAAGGACAUCACUGAUCACCGCGCCUUUGGUUAUAUUUGUGGCAAAGAAGGGAAUCACCGCUUUGUGGCGAUAAAGACAUCCCAAGCAGCUGAACCUGUAAUUCUUGACCUGCGAGAUCUUUUUCAACUCAUCUAUGAACUGAAACUUCGAGAGGAGAAGGAGAAAAUGGCACAAAAGGACAAGCAGUGUGAGCAAGCAGUCUAUCAGACAAUUUUGGAGGAAGAUGUGGAAGAUCCUGUCUAUCAGUACAUUGUAUUUGAGGCUGGACAUGAACCAAUCCGUGAAACAGAGGAGAGCAUUUAUCAGGUGCCGACAAGUCAGCAGAAGGAGGGUGUCUAUGAUGUGCCAAAAAGCCAACCAGUGAAAAAGAACAAACAGCUCCCAUUCCUGGACAUGAUGACAGUGAUCAAUCUGGUAUUUUUCUUGCAGACAAUUCAUCAGUUAGACCUCUUUGGUGAUAUGUCUACACCUCCUGACAUUACAUCACUUGGGACACCAGCAUCACCUGCAAAUGCCCUUGGGCCAGACACGUUUGCCCCUGGAGUUAUAAGUGCUCAACCAACAGGAAGACCUGACUUGUUUGGAUCUGUUCCUUUCAACACGGCUGGUGUGCCCACAGGAUAUGUCACAAUGGGAGCAGUGCCACCUGCAGUCUGGGCGCAACAAUCAAGUGCUCAAAAUAUCAUCAAUCCUUUGUUAGCUGGGGUCCAGUCAACAGCAUGGGGCCAACCUACCUUAUUUGCUGUUCAGCAGCAGUGGGCUCCUGUUGGAAGCCCAUUCCAGCCUACUGUAUUCAUGUCAGCACAAACUCCUAUGCCACUACAAACUGCCAUGUUCAAAGCAGCCUUAUCUGCUGGUCAACCAACAAUUGCCAGUCAUCAAGAAGAGAAGCCAAAACAGAAAAUGGGGAAGGAAAUGUUUAAAGAAUUCCAGAUGGUCAAACCCCCAGUAGUGCCAUCUAGAAGAAACGAGCAGCCAUCACUCUCGUGCACCUCAGAGGCCUUCACAAGCUAUUUUAACAAAGUCGGGGUGGCACAGGAGAUAGAUGAUGCUGAUGACUUUGAUAUCUCUCAGUUAAAUCUAACUCCAGCAACCUCCAAUUCCACACCAUCAUCAACCAAUUCACCUCCAACUUCAUCUCCACAUCAGCACACACCUGAGGCAUCUCGUCAGCACACACCUGAGGCAUCUCCUCCUCAGAGCACGCCAGCUGCUUCUCCCCUUCAGACUUCUCCCACUACAUCUUGUCACCAGAAUAUUCCAUCCAGGUCACCAACUGAGAAUCCCAGUGAGCCUACUCCCGCUGGCCAAUUGGGGGAUGAGUUGGACAACCAAACCACCAGCAAGUUGCAAGUAAAUCUUGUCAGUUCUGAGACAUCUGCAAACAACGAUGUAGUUGGUGAAUGUCUUGAUGAUGAUUCUUUAACCCCACAGGCAGAAGAGCCUCUCUAUGCCCAGAUAAAGAAGAUCAAGAAAUUCGCUGUACAUGCUGUUUGGAAUAUGUUGAAAACAUACAAGACCAUGCUUCGAUCAAUGAAUUUCAUUCUGUUUUUUGCUGCAUUAUGUAUUGUACAGACAAUUGGUUACUGCAAAGAAACAACCUUGGAAAUAAAUGAUCAAUCAAAUGUGUUAAACAUUACCAAAGUAGGAAGACAAUUGAAAAGAUCAUUGAGGAAUCCAUCACAGCCAAUUGAUUGCAUUACUUCUUCCUGGUCCUCUUGGAGCACUUGCGAUCCUUGCCAGAGCAAACAUUAUAGGUAUGCAAGACUUGAAGCACCAUCUCAGUUUGGUGGCACACCAUGUGACUCUUUUGACAGACAAGAGAAACCCUGCACAGGUGUCUGCAGAACAAGGAACUUAUGCGAGGGUUUUGUGUGUGCUGAGACAGGUCGAUGCAUUCCUCGCAGAGUCCUUUGUAAUGAAGAUGAUGAUUGUGGAGAUCAUUCUGAUGAGAAAGUUUGCAGUAGAGUUAGUAAUGCAUGUUCCAGAGAAACUGAACAGUAUUGGGCUGUACAUCAUAUUGGAAGUGGAUACAAUAUUUUAACAGACACUCUAGAGGGAACUGUUUUAGACAACAGAUAUUAUGCAGGAAGUUGUGCACCAUAUUAUGUGAAUAACGUAAGAUUCAGAAAACCACACAAUUUGGAAUUCUACAGCCCUGAGACUGAAGGAAAAUUUGAACUGUCAUUGAGUGAGCAUGAAUCAUUUUCAAAUUUUUCAUACAGUAGAUUUGAAUCUAAGAAUCAGAAGUUUGGUUUUAGUUUUGGAAUUAGCUACCCAAAUGUUUUUGAAAUUGGACUCAGUUACAAUAGUAACAAUUUCAAGAAAAUGAUGCAAAAGCUUCUCAAGAACUCUUCAUCAAAAAGAAAAAUGUUCCAUUCACAGUUCUCACUCCAAGUGGCUCGGUUUAAGGUCAAACCUAGGGGACUCAUGCUCCAUUAUGACUUUUUCCAAAGAGUUAAACAGCUGCCAACUGUAUACAGUUAUGGAGAAUACAGGGAAGUCUUUAAGGACUACGGAACCCAUUACAUGAGUGAGGGUAUACUUGGUGGAACCUAUGAAUAUAUUUGGGCAGUUAACGUCGAACAAAUGCAGAAAGAUGGUUACACAUUGACUGAUGCUAAAGACUGUGCAAAGGCAGGAUUUAAUGUAGGGGCAAACAUUAAAGGAGUCUAUGUUGCUGUUGAUGUCAAAGCUGAAGCUUGCAGUGGGCUUCUAAACAUUAAUGGAGAGGGUAUUUCCAGAUCAAAAUACACUGAAGAUUUCAUAGUAUUCGUGAGAGGUGGAGCAAGUGAGCAUGUGGCUGCUCUCGCUCACAAACAGCUUCCAACUGUAGAGCUGAUGCAGGAAUGGGGAGAUGCAGUCGAGUAUAAUCCAGAAAUCAUUAAAUUUAAGCCGGAACCUCUUUAUCAACUAAUCACUUCAGAUACAUUUCAGAGUGCCAGCAGGAUCAAAGCCAACAUGAGGCGAGCCCUAGAAGAGUAUCUGAUGGAAUCCAGUUCCUGUCGAUGUGCUCCAUGUCAAAAUAAUGGUGUUGCUGUUCUUAAAGGCACCCAGUGUUCAUGCAUAUGUCCUGCUGGUGCUCAUGGAACUGCCUGUGAAAUUACAUCCAGAGAGAAUUUUUCAGUUGAUGGGAAAUGGAGCUGUUGGUCACCUUGGUCUGAAUGCAGAAAUAGGCAAAGAAUAAGGACUCGACAGUGCAGUAAUCCACCACCAGAAAAUGGUGGCCAUACAUGCAGAGGUGAUAAUCAGGACACAUUGUUAUGCUAAUGAUGAAACAAUGUUUUACUUUUACCUUCUUCACAACUUCAGAUUUUGGCUUCAUAAGUAUUUGAAUGAAAUAUAAAAACUUGUUUCAGAAGAAGAUGUGAUUGCAUGUUUAAAUGUAAUUAAGAAACAUGGUUAAACAAUGAUUAGUACAAAGAAGUUGAGGUAGCAAACAUUACAGUUAAAUAAAGUCAAUUUAUCUUUAAAACUAAA